CCCCCCCCCCCCCGCGACCUCAAUUAGCCACUCUCUCCAGUCUCCAUCUCACUGAGUUUGGCUCUCUCUUUCUUCCCCCACCGUCGUCCGUCACCGUUUCUGCCCCUUGUCCUCGGCCACCACAGUAAACCCCCCCCCCCCCCGCGGCGCGACCUCACUCACUCUCAAUCCAACUGUCAGACCCAUCGCUUCUCUCUCUCUUUCUUCUCCCGCCGUGCAGCUGUCACUGCCCCUAGCCGCUGGCCACCACUGUCCCUCGCCGCCGGUUCAUUCUUCUCCAGGCGUCACCGGCGUCUUCCGGUAUUUUUUAUUUUUCAAAAUCAUAUUUUUUUAUUUUUAAAUUUUUUAGAUCUAUUAUACUCCAGAGUCCAAGCAAAGUAUCAUUCACUGAUUUUUUUUUUUUUUUUCCUGUAUUUCCUUUCUCUGCAUCACUUUCUGCUGAACUUCCCCUUCUGCUCCUGUUUUGUAGUUGCGUCGCCGCUGCCUGAACUACUCCACCCAACCGCCGCCCCCAGCUUCCCUUUUGCCGCUGUGGCAUUUCCCUUAGGUUUCUUUUCGGAAGGUGAAGGAUUAAAAUUCGAAUGAUAGUGUGAAUUAUUUAUCUGUAAUGGAUGUGAAGGCUCUGGCGAAGUCUAAAAGGGCUCACACUCAACACCAUAGCAGAAGGCCGCACGUCCCCCAUACGAAUCAGAAACCAAAAGCCUCGUCUGAUGGUACAAACAGUGCUGCAAGUGCAAAGAAGCCAUUGGGAAAGCAAGUUGGAGAGAAAACCCCUCCUAAGUAUCCGGGUGUCUCUAAACUUCCCUCAAAUUGGGACCGCUACGAGGAAGAGCUUGAUCCAUCAGCCAGUGAUGGAAAAAGUCAACCUUCUGAUGUAAUUUUGCCAAAGAGUAAAGGAGCAGACUACGGUCACCUGCUUGCGGAGGCUCAGGCUCAGGCUCAGCAAAGUUUAUAUGUGGAUGGCUUUCCUUCUCUAGAUGAUGUAAUGCCUGGAGAGUUCAACCAAGGACUAGGCGCUAUGCUGUCAGUUAGGGGCGAGGGCAUUCUUUCAUGGGUUGGAGAUAAUAAUUUUGUUGUAGAGGACGAGACAGUUGCAACUCAUGAGGCAUCAUUUCUCUCCCUUAAUUUGCAUGCUCUUGCUGCGAAACUUGAAAAUAUCGACUUAUCACAUAGGCUCUUCAUUGAAGAAGAUCUAUUACCACCAGAACUGUGCACAGUGGGACUAAAGACUAGCAGCUCUCAGGAAUCUAACCAGAUAGAGACAUGCUAUACUGAACCAGCAACGGCAAUAUCUGAAGAAGUUUUGGAUAAGGUAAAGAUUGCAGGUCAAAAUACUCGGCAUACAUUGUCCGCCACCUCUGGAAGCAGCAAGGCGGAUCAAAGGUUGUCUAGCCAAGGGUUAGUUUCAGUGAAUGCCAUAAAUGCUGAUCCGAGACAAAUAGGCGAAUCUAGUCAAAAUAAAAAACCAGAGUCAACAGAACAAUUCGAUGUGAGCUCUGUUUGGGAACCACAAACAAAACUCUCCUCAUUUGAGGCAGCAGCGGCAGAAGAGGAUUUGGAUAUGCUUCUAGACUCUUUUAGUGAGACCAAGAAGAUCUUCAAUCCCUCUGGCUUCAGGUCCAAUGAUUCCUCUCCUGUUUUACAACAAGAAGCUGCUUCAAUGGCUCCAUCCCCACUUUCAAAACCUGGCCGAGAUUCAUCUAAACCUUCACCAUUUAUUGCUACUCUAGAUGAUUCUCUUGAUGACUUACUUGAGGAGACUUCCAAUGUGAUGAGCCAAAAUGUCUUACCUCCGUCGCUGGAAGGGAAAGCCGAUCUUCAUGCUGUCCAAUCUUCUUCCUCUCAUUCUGGAACCAAGUCCAAAGUGUUAGAUGAAUUUGAUUCGUGGUUAGAUACAAUUUGAUUGUUUGUACGCUAAAAGUUCUAACUUGUACUAAAUUUCUGUAUGAUGUUAGUUCUGCCCUUUACAAGUAAAACGCUUUGGAGGGUCAAUUACACAGGUUCAAUAUGAUGAGAAACAGCUCUUUACCUA